AUGCAGACGGACCCGAGGCACAACCCGAACCUCGGCAGGAGCAUGCAGCACCCUGACUUUUGGAACGAGGCGGUGCGCAGACCUUGGGCGAAGGUGCUGCUGCGCAGGGAGCAGUUCUGGACUGAUCGCAAGAGCGCCUGGCUGGGCCAGUUGGAGACGAUCAGCAGGAGCAACAGGGCUCGCGAGGUGGCCAUCGAGUGCUUGGAAAACUGCCCCGCCGACGUCAAGAGGCUGGUGAUGCCCGUUCUUAGGUACAAGAUCGUAGAGUCGAUGGUCCUCGGCCUGUUGGAAGAGGCACAGGAGACGGGCGUACCCUUCGAGGACCUCAUCCAGCGGGAGGAGACGAUCAGGGAGCUGCGUGCUGCCCGCCACCGCCUCGACGACGGCGGCGCCGAGGAGGCGGCGCGCAUGCUGCACGACCUGGACGCGCUGUCAGCCAGGGCGGGCCAGAUGCUGGAGGCCCAGCGGAAGGAGUCGAGGAAGAAAGAUCGCCUUUUCCUGCCUCCAGAGACAUGCAGGGGCUGA